CAAGUAUCUAAAAGAAAUGGUCAAUACGCCGGGUUCUUGUUCAGCUGAUUAUUUGAUUGUCUUGAAAUAAAAUUCUGGAACCUAGCGUUCAUGUCACUUUUACUUAAGUGCUUGAGUGUAAAAUGGCAGAAAUCUAGUGUCUCAGUUACUGUUCGGCUAUGUAUAUAUAUUUGUGUACAUUAAAAAAAUAAUAAAAACCGCGAUUUAAAAACUACAUUAAUACUAUAUAUAGUAAUUUAAAUAAACAAAUUAAUUCUUUUUAAAAUACAUGCCAUACUGCAGUAAUUAAACAAUGUUUUAUUUACAUUAAUAUUUGUUUUUUUGAUAGAUACUAAUGGGAAUUAUGGACUGUUUUAGUGUUGUCUUUAAUUAAUUGAAAUUCAAUAAUGGCACCUCGUCGCGCAGAAGAGUGCCCUUUAAAGCGGGUCGCUGCUCCAGGAUGUCGUUUACCAGCACGUUUACCUUCUGGUGAAAUUUUGACUGAUAUUACGCAAAAAGAGUGGAAAUUAGGAUCACGAUUAGGUUGCGGAGGCUUUGGUGAUAUUUAUCUUGCAUCGGAUGAUGUUAACAAGACUGUUGGACAAGAUGCCAAAUAUGUCAUUAAAAUUGAACCUCACCAUAACGGCCCUCUUUUUGUAGAAAUGAAUUUUUAUAUUAGAGUUGCUCGUCAACAUAUGAUUAAAGACUAUUGUCAAUCACAAAAAAUAAGUCGAAUAGGAAUACCGACCUACGAAGGAGCAGGAUCUCAUGUGUGGAAAGGGGAAAGAUUUAGGUUUCUUGUAAUUCCUCGUUACGGAGUUGAUGUGGGUAAAUUAUUUGUAUCCAGUGGACGUAAAUUACAUACUAAACUCGUCAACAAUCUUGCCGUUCAGAUGCUAGACGCACUAGAGUACAUUCACAGUCACGGUUACGCUCACGCAGACGUCAAAGGAUCGAAUAUUGUGUUGGAACUCAACGGACAAAUAUCGAAUAAUCCUCGAGCGUACUUGGUGGAUUUCGGAUUAGCUUAUCGAUUUAAAACAGCAGCGGGUGUACACAAACCUUUUGUACAUGAUGAAAGACGGGCUCAUGAAGGGACUUUAGAGUUUACAUCCAGAGAUGCUCAUCAUGGAACUCAUUCACGAAGAGGUGAUAUGGAAACACUAGGUUACAAUAUAUUGCAAUGGUUAUGUGGUAAAUUACCUUGGGAAAAAGAAGACGGUGGCAUGAGAUCGUCCUGUAAUCCAGAAGAAGUUCACGCACAAAAAGAAGCACUUUUAUCAGAUAUUCCACUCUUCAUGCGAAAAUGUUUUCCUGAAAAUAAACCUCCAGCUGCAAUAAUGGCAUACAUGAAGUACAUUGCAUCAUUGGAUUUCGAGGCGAAACCAAAUUAUUCAUAUUUACGUAGUUUAUUUAAUCGCGGUGGUAAAAUAGAACGCACGCCGCAGUCGACAGUACGCCGUAAGAGAAUUUCCGAUGAAAAUAAUUCAUGUGAAAGGCCCAUAAAAAUGCCAUACUUAAGAGAACGAAGACCUUGUAAGCCAGUUAAUGGAGAAGGAAGAAUAACAAGAAAUACACAAGCAGCUAUUGAAGUUGAGGAGUUUUGCUGGGAAGAGGUAUUAGCACGUCAUCCUGAUAAACUUGCUAAAGUUAUUGUUCAACCGAUAAACUCACCUUUAACUCCGCCACCGUCUCCACCCCCGCAAUUGUUACCCUCACCACCAUCUUUACCAACUUACGCUAUGCUCCACGUUAUUCAACGUAUGAAAGAUCGGCAGUCUGGCGUAUUGAAACAAAAGUCUAAGUCGUAUGAUCAUGAAUUAAAAGUUAAGUGGAUGACACCAGCGAUGGAAGAAGUCGCUCAGUUAAAAAGAAAUAAACAAUCCAAUACGGCUAAAACCACGACAAUGUCCCCGCGUUUAACUCGCUCGCGUGUGGCACAACAAAAACGUAAGUGAUAAAAUAAAAAUAAUAAUUAUUUAUUUAUUUUAAUGUCACAAAUAAAGAGGCAAAUUAUGUAUUGGAAUCUACUUAAAUUAUUGUUAAACUGAUCUUGAAAUAAAAAAAAAUAUAAUUAUUAUUAUUAUUGCAAUACUCAAAAAAACAGUUAAAAAUUAACGUAGCCGUUGGCAGUACGAAUUA